AUGCGAUCGGAUAGCAAGCUAACAAAUCCAGAUGGGUACGACAAGGUGAUAUCUGCAGAAAUUCCUGACAAGGACAAGUACCCUGUAUUGCAUGCUUUGGUGGUGAAGCAUAUGCUCCACGGACCAUGUGGUGCUCUCAAGAAAAAUUGUCCUUGCAUGAUAGAUGGUGAAUGUCGAUUUCGCUAUCCUCGGCAGUUCUGUGAUGCUACGGAGCAAGGAAAGGACUCAUAUCCUAUCUAUAGGAGGAGGCAUGAUGGUCGCCGUGUGAAGGUCAGAGGAGCUGAGCUGGAUAAUAGGUGGGUUGUCCCAUACAACCCUGGUCUCCUUAUGCUGUAUAAUUGUCACAUCAAUGUUGAAGCUUGCUCUAGCAUCAAGGCAGUGAAAUACUUAUUCAAAUACAUCUAUAAAGGACAUGAUCGUGCUUCAUUCUCGGUUGAUCCAGCAGCAGAUACAGAUGGUGGAGUAAUCAAUGAGAUUAAACAGUAUAGAGAUGCUAGGUUUGUGGGGCCACCGGAGUCUAUCCACAGGAUUUGCGCUUUUCCAAUGUACGGUGUCUCUCCCUCGGUUCUCCAACUUCAACUUCAUUUGGAAAAUAUGCAGUCUGUCACAUUCAAGGAGGGUGAUAAUCUAGAGGAUGUUAUCAGUCGGGAUUCUUCUUCCAACACCAUGCUCACUCAAUAUUUCAAGAUGAACAAGGUGGACCCUUAUGCGAGGAACUUCUUGUACAAAGAGUUCCCAGAAUUUUAUCGUUGGAUUAAGGGUAAGAAGAUAUGGCAGAUAAGAAAACUAAAGGGCCGGGGGCAGAUUGGGAGAAUUGUGUAUGCAAAUCCUGCUGAAGGUGAAAGGUACUUCCUAAGAAUACUUAUGAAUCAUGUUCGAGGUGCAACAUCAUAUGAAAAUUUGAAGACUGUGCAUGGAAAGUUGUGCGCGUCUUUCAGAGAAGCGUGUGAGAAAAGAGGUCUGAUAGAGACCGACAAGUCACUUGAUGACUGCUUGACUGAGUCUGCUACUUUCCAAAUGCCACGUGCUCUAAGAAGGCUAUUUGCAACUAUUCUGGUGUUUUGUGAGGCGACAAACAUCCGAUCAUUGUGGGAGAAGCACCUCGAGUCAAUGUCUGAGGACUACCUUCGGAACCAUCCCAACAAGGCCGCAGUAGAGCAGAUGGUCCUUAGAGACAUUAGGGAUCUGGUGCAUUCGAUGGGGAAGGAUAUUGGCAGUUAUGGCCUCCCAGAUUUGGAUCCGGUAGAUGAUGGGUGUUCAAGUGGUUACUCGAGAGAGGUUCAAGAGGAGAUGUCGAUCAUUCCGGACAAAAAAGAUAUAAAUUUGUUUACAUCUCUUAACACUGAGCAGCGCGCUGGUUUUGAUGAAAUACUCUCUCACGUCGUUGACAAAAGGAGCCAGGUAUUCUUUGUUGAUGGUCCAGGUGGCACGGGAAAGACAUAUUUGUACAAAGCACUUCUUGCUAAGGUUCGUUCACUAGGACAAAUAGCUAUUGCAACAGCGACAUCUGGUAUAGCGGCAUCCAUCAUGCCUGGUGGACGCACCGCCCACUCAAGGUUCAAAAUUCCAAUUAAACUCACAGAUAGCAGCAUGUGCAAUUUCACCAAGCAAAGUGGUACCGCAGAUCUGCUCCGCAAGGCAUCUUUGAUAAUCUGGGACGAAGUUGCCAUGACAAAGCGUCAAACAGUUGAGACACUUGAUAGGUCCCUACAAGACAUCAUGGGAUGUGAUUUGCCUUUUGGUGGGAAGGUUGUGGUGUUUGGAGGAGAUUUUAGGCAGGUCCUUCUAGUGGUGACGCGUGGGACAAGAGCGCAGAUCACUGACGCCACACUACGGAGGUCUCAUUUAUGGGAGAAGAUUAGAAAGAUACGUCUCACGCGUAAUAUGAGGGCACAAACUGACCCGUGGUUCUCCAGUUACCUCUUGAGAAUUGGGAAUGGAACAGAAGAGACGAUCGGUGGCGAUUAUAAGAACCAGUGA